ACGUCGUGCGUGUUUCAAGACCGGGAACCGACAGACUGCGCAUGUUCACUUCUAGGCAAGCUGCAGACUUCUACAUAUCAAAGUCCCUAAGUGUUGCUGUCAUGCCUGCAAAAAAGACCACCACCAAAAGGAAGUCUGAGCCCAUCGUGGCAGAUGAUGGAAACCCCAAGAAAGUGAAAGUUUUCCACAGGAGUCAUGGCAAGGAGGCGGGUCAGGUUCUUGUUCUGGGCCAGGGUGAUGUUGGACAGUUGGGUCUAGGCGAGGACAUUAUUGAGAGGAAGAAGCCAGCACUUGUGUCCCUGCCAGAAAACAUUGUGCAAGUGGUAGCUGGAGGCAUGCACACUGUGUGCCUCAGCAACACUGGCCAUGUCUACACUUUUGGCUGUAAUGAUGAAGGUGCCCUUGGCCGGGAAACAACAGAGUCUGGGUCUGAGAUGGUUCCAGGAAAGGUGACAUUGGAGGAAAAUGUGGUCCAGGUGUCUGCAGGUGACAGUCACACAGCUGCACUUACGGAGGAUGGAACCGUCUACAUAUGGGGCACCUUCAGGGAUAACAGUGGUGUAAUAGGUCUUCUGGAGCCUAUGGUAAUAAGCAAGCUGCCAGUCAAAGCCCCCAUAACGGAACCUGUUGUGAAAAUUAUAUCAGGUAACGACCACCUUGCACUGAUAACACUGGAGGGAAAUCUUUAUACAUCUGGCAAUGCAGAGCAGGGGCAGCUGGGAAGAGUGCCUGAGUAUUUUUUAGACAGAGGAGGCAGGCUAGGCCUCGGCCGGUUGCUGGUACCACAGGCAGUAAAAGUCAAAGGGAAAGUUAACUUCGUAGAUGUCUUCUGUGGGGCAUACCACACCUUUGCUGUGUCAAAAGAGGGGCAUAUUUAUGGAUUUGGUCUCAGCAACUAUCACCAGCUGGGCACUAAAAGCAUCAAGACGUGUUAUGCCCCAGUUAAACUGACAUGCUUCAAAAACUCUACCACCUCCUGGGUGGAUUUCUCUGGAGGACAACAUCACACAGUCUGCCUUGAUGCUGAAGGACAGGUAUAUAGCCUCGGCAGAGCAGAGUACGGUCGUCUUGGUCUGGGCCAAGAGGCGGAGGAGAAGGGCGAGCCGACAGCUGUGAUGGGGAUGGAGCCGGCCAGUCGAGUGACCUGCGGAGCGUCUGUCAGCUUCGCCACCACCAGAGAAGGAUCUGUGUACGCCUGGGGCAUGGGCACCAACCUGCAGCUCGGCACAGGAGAGGAAGAUGAUGAGUGGAUCCCUGUGAAGAUGACAGGCAAACAGCUGGAGAACCGCUCAGUACUGAUGACCUCCAGCGGAGGGCAGCACACAGUCCUUUUGGUCAAAGACAAGCAGGAGAGCUGAUGAUCCAUCAGACAGUUCUGAGUCUGGAGGUGGGGCCUUCUUCACAAUGCCUAAAUCUGGGGAGCUUGUUGAUCUAUAUGUGACUUUCUUUGCUGAGUGAAGGGAGUGGCAGAAGUUCUGGCCCUUUUUAAGAGAACUCUGCUCUUACAGGUGUGGGGAAAGUGUUCAUGGAUGAUCAGUAGAUCAUGACAAAUGAGAGACUAUUUUUUUAAAUCUAGUUUUUGAUGUUCCCUUUGAAUUAUUUUCAUUAAAAGUCAUUAGUAUGACUGUAAGAUGGUAUACGUGGUGUUUGUGAAUGCGACUGUUUGCAUGUACAUUAAGGAAAUGAGGGUUCAACCUUUUAAUGCCUUCCCCAAACAAUAGUCUUUUUAAUGUGAUUUUUUUUUUUUCCUUUUUAAAGCAAUAAAUCCACUGACCUUGGUUCAGACAGGACAUUUAUACUCGGUGAGUUUAAUAUGUGAGACUACUGUUCAUGUCACCCAGGGCACAAACUGUUGAGACUAUUUGGACAUUUGCUAAGAUGUCAUACUGUAUCCUGCAUUUUGUUGCUUUUCCUGUCUCAUAAUAAAGAUACAAUUUUAA